AUAUUAUAUAUAAUUACUAAAUUUUCAUACAUUAAUUAAGUACACAAUCAUGCAGAAUAAAUACCAUGUUGAUUAUAACAAGCGAGAAAUAUAUUUGAACAAUUUUUUUGACAAAUUUUUUAACCUCGAAAAAUGUUUGACAAAUCAUUCUAUCAUUCAACGCAAUAAUAAUAAAUUAUAUGAUCGCUUUCUUCACUCCUUCAGUCAAUAAGAAAAUCUCGAAACGUAACAAAUAUUGACAUAGGCAGCGAAACUGAAGGUCAUCUCUUGUUAUCUGCACGAAGAUGCAACUCACAUAAACGCGAUGUCGACAUAAGUUUAUCAAAUCACUUAACUUAUUUGUGCGGUGUAUGAACCAAAUUUAGUAGUCAAGACUUCGUUCGAGACUUCGCGCACAAAUGUCGGCCAAAGGUGAAGGAUCAUUGGAAAAAUCCAAACAUGAAGCGGAAAACAUACAUCCAGAGGAGACAAAAUGCCCUACAUCAUUUGAUCCAACUGAACAUCAGCAUAUAAGAUAUAAUCCAUUAAGAGGAGAAUGGGUACUUGUAUCUCCACAUCGUAUGAAGCGACCUUGGGGAGGACAGAUAGAACCUAGUGUAGAUGAAGAUCUCCCAGAUUAUGAUCCCAAAAAUCCACUUUGCCCGGGGAAUGUCAGAGCUAGUGGACAGAUAACUCCAAUGUAUCAAAACACAUUUUCGUUUGUGAAUGAUUUUCCUGCUUUAUUGGAAUCAGUACCAGAUCCACCGAAAAUGCAGGAUGAAUUAUUUCAAAUGGGAUCUGCUAAAGGUACCUGUAAAGUGAUGUGCUUUCAUCCAAAGUCGAAUGUAACCAUAGCGUUGAUGAAGAUUCAUGACAUCAAGGAAGUAAUCAAACGGUGGAUCAUUGAGAUGCUCGAAUUGGGCGAGAAAUGGACUUGGGUUCAGGUGUUUGAAAAUAGAGGCGCUUUGAUGGGCUGUAGCAACGCACAUCCUCAUUGUCAGAUAUGGGCCAGUUCCUUUUUACCAAAUGAAGCUAGAAUAAAAGAUAAAUAUCUCAGUGAUUAUUACGAGCGUAAUAAGAAACCUCUUCUCUUCGAUUACAUGCAAAAGGAGGUCCUAAAAAAGGAUCGGAUUGUAAUUGAGAAUCGUGAUUGGAUAGUCGUAGUACCCUUCUGGGCAGUUUGGCCAUAUGAAACUAUGAUACUACCAAAGAAGCAAGUUACUAGAAUGCAAGACUUGUCGGACAGUCAACAAGAAUUUCUAGCUGUUAUCAUGAAGAGAUUAUGCACUAAAUAUGACAAUCUCUUCCAAUGUUCUUUUCCAUAUUCAAUGGGAUGGCAUGGCGCUCCAACGGGUCCAUACCUUAAUAACGAUUAUCCAUAUUGGACCUUUCACGGAAUAUAUCUACCACCUUUGUUACGAUCUGCUACGAUAAAGAAACACAUGGUCGGUUAUGAACUCUUAGCUCAAGCGCAGAGAGAUUUAACGCCGGAACAGGCAGCAGAAAAAUUAAGGAGCUUACCAGAUUCUCACUAUAAACAUCCAGAAACUAGUCUAACUAUUGAAGAAAUAGAAAUAUAUUCCAAUUAAAUGUAUAGUACAUAUGUAAAUAAAAUAUAUAUUUAAUAUAUAUUUCCAAUCACUUGCAAGUAAAAAUCUGGGUACAAAUGUAAUAUAAAUUAUUGUAUCAUCUCGAUGAAGAUAUAUU